UAUGAAAACCCUCUCAAAGAACAUUUCGACAUUUAUGUUUUUAUCAAACUGAAAGGCUUUAGAAUGGCUGGAAAUUGUGGAACGUUGGAGUCCGAUGGCAUCACAGGAGCCUGGGAGAAAACACAAACAAUGAUUACUUUUCUUAUUUAGUGAUGGUGGUGUGGCUCAUCGAACCCUUUUUUUUUUCUCCAUUUACUUUUUGGCCUUUGAGGAAGGUUCCUUGUGGAUAAUCCUUUCUAUCAUUUUGGCCAGUCCAGCCACUAUUGAAUUGUUCUCGCUUAUUUAAACCCUGCGAGCUCGACUUCUCCCACCACUUGCCACCCUUUUUAUUCGUUGACUCAUCUACCAUGGUACUUUUCCAAGCGACUCAACCCUGCAAACCCACUCCUCCUAUCACUUACCAUGAAAUGUUAUUCAGCAACAAGCACCGAAUCCCGGCAGAUCAACCAAUCUAUAUUGAUGCGGCUACCAGUCGAACCGUUACUUAUGGUGUGCUCCAGGCUUUGGUUGAAAAAUGCGCUGCCGGUCUCUACAAGCAAGGCAUGGAAGUCGGAGACGUGAUUGCCAUCUGUGCCCCCAACUCGGUGGAUUAUGCAGUUCUGUUCCACGGUAUUCUUGCUUCCGGCGGUAUCAUGGCAGCCCUUGACCGUGCCUCGGAUGAGCAAACUAUCUUUGAGGACCUUGAGACGGUGAAUGCCCGAUUUAUCGUGGCCCACCCUUCGACACUUGACAAGGUCCAUCGAGCAGCGACACGGUUUGGUAUUCCAAAGGAACGUAUUUGGGUUCUUGGUGAGCCUUCUUCGGACAGCGGCUUCCAGUCGGUCUCUCAAGCAUUGCUGGACCAUAGUACCUUUUGGAAACUAUUCCCGACUUUUACCCCGGAGGAACUCAGGGUCACACCUGCUGUGCUCUAUUUCACCUCUGGUACCACAGGAAGAAAAAAAGCCGUCAACUUAUCACAUCAUGUUCUAUGCACCGCUAUCGCUCAGCGUAACUGGUGGAUGCCAGGUACUCGCAAUAUUUCCUUUACCGAAUUCCAUCACGGAUCGGCUUUGAUGAUCACUUUUUCGUUGGCUGUUUUCAGCGGAACCCCUACUUACAUCAUGGCCGAGUUUGAUUUCAAAACCUUUUGUGAAUUGGUGGAAGAACAUGCCAUUACUUUUGUGGCUCUGCAACCAUGGAUCGCGGCUAAGUUGGCCAAGGACCCUAUUGUUGACAAAUAUGACUUGUCGUCACUCCAGUUUGUAAUCUGUGGUGGAGCGACAUUGGAUCCUGCUAUUAUGGAAACGGUUUACAAACGUCUUGGUAUCAAGAUCCUGAAUUUGUGGGGUAUGACCGAAGCCCUGGGUGUCAUGCUAUGUAGCCCGGAAGAGUCGGCGCAAGGAUAUGCGGGAAAAUUAGCUCCAGGUUUUGAAGCUAAGCUGGUAUCCCAGGAAGGCCAAGAACUUGGUAUUGGCGAGACUGGUGAAUUAUGGGUCAGAGGCCCUUCCGUUACACCCGGAUACUAUCGAAAUCCAGAGGCUACUGCCAAGACACUUGACUCGGACGGGUUCCUGCAUACAGGCGAUAUCUUUACGGUCACUGCCGAUGGUUAUUUUAUCUUCCUGGAUCGCCAAAAGGACCUGAUUAAAUAUCAUUUGUACCAUAUCAAACCAUCCGAGAUUGAAUGUGUUUUGAUCAAAUUGCCUCAAGUGGCCGAUUGUGCUGUGAUCGGCGUGUAUUCUUCCGAGAACGCGACGGAAUUUCCACGCGCUUAUAUUAGGCUGGAGGAUGGUUACAAUUAUAAAGGGGGCAUGGAAAAAGAGAUUCAGGAGCAUGUGGACAGCCAACUUGCUGAUAAAUAUCACCUUCGUGGCGGGGUGGUUAUCAUGGGCGAAUUACCACGCACCACCACUGGCAAAACUAAUCGAUCAGCAUUGCGUGAGAUAGCUCGCAACGAGACAGUGGUUGUAUAGCUCGUGCUUCAUCAUAUAACUUACCGCUUUCUUCUUCUUUUUUUUCGUCCUACGACAGGUAUUGCAUAUGUAUAAUAGCUACUGUCACAAUAAAAAGAUGCAUUAAAAGGUUUUACAGUG